GCCUUUCUCUUGGCGUUGGCGGUUGAAGCUCACUCCAGUCACUCCAUUGUUAGCGAGACACGUUUUUUUGUCCCAAAACUUUUUAUUUCGCAGCCAAUUUCGAUACAAAUUAAUUAACAAUUUAUAAACCAAUUGAAAUAAGUUGACGAUAAUAGAACAAUAUUGUUGGGAAAGGUUUUUUUAAUUCAAGGUAGACACUAAAUUAACAAGCAUGUCGGAAGCAGGGAAAAUUAAGCUGGAACCAAUUGAACACGAGUUCGAUGAGCACGAUGAAGUUCCUGAGAAGAAGAAUGAUAAGCAGCGUGUCGAACUCCGCAAGAUCAAGACGGAAGAAACAUUGAAGAAGGUGGCCACCACCAAGUUUAUGGACGAAGAGGGUGACGAAACUCUCGUGGAUGACAGUAAACUUCUAGAAGUUCUAGUUGAACAGGCAGCAGACUCGUCGCAGCCAGAAAUCCAGCUCAACGCGGUCACCGCGGUGCGAAAGAUGCUCUCCACGAGUCCGGAUUCAUACCUCGAUCCAUUUAUUAACCUCGGGAUCCUCCCCAGCUUGGUUAACUGUCUGGGUGGCAAUAACUGUGACACCCUUCAAUUAGAAGCCGUCUGGGCCUUGACCAACGUUGCUGCCGGGACAUCGGAGCAAACUCUGGCUGUCGUUGAGUGUGGCGCCGUGCCCAAACUGAUCGCUCUCCUCGCCUCUCCACAUGAAGCGUUGUGCGAACAGGCCGUCUGGGCACUGGGGAAUAUCGUCGGGGAUGGACCAAAGUGUAGAGGCUAUGCCAUUUCUGAGGGAUUGUUGGGCCCCCUCUUCAACUUAAUUCAUCCAGGGGUCUCUAUCACCUUUCUCCGGAACAUAACCUGGGUGAUUAGCAACCUGUGCAGGUGCAAUGAUCCAGCUCUGCCGCAGGAAAGUGUGGCCGAAAUUCUGCCCACGCUCAAUUUACUUAUCGACCACAGUGACAAGACCGUUCUUGUCAACACAGUUUGGGCCCUCAGCUAUCUUUCGAACGGACGGAACGACCAAAUUCAAAUGGUUAUCGACUCUGGAGUCCUUCCCAAACCCGUUUCCUUUUUGUCCCAUCACGAUCCCAAGAUGCAAAUUGCUGCAGUUCGUGCUGUUGGAAAUAUUGUCACUGGAACGGACGAGCAGACACAGGUCGUCAUCGAUUGUGGCGCUCUCGGACAUUUCGUCAACUUGCUGACCCAUCAGAAUGAGAAGAUUUGCCAAGAGGCUAUUUGGCUUUUGAGCAAUGUGACGGCAGGAAAUGGCGCACAGGUGCAGGCCGUCCUUGACGCGGGGUUAAUCCCUUUGAUUCAAUCACAUUUGGAUAAGGGUACCUUCCAAACCCAGAAGGAAGCCGCGUGGACUGUGACUAACAUAUUGGCAAGUGGGACUAAAGAACAAGUCUUGCAUGUAAUUUCGUGUGAUAUUGUCCAACCGUUGUGCAAUUUAUUGUGCUGUGGAGAACCAGAUAUCCUCCGUAUUGUGCUGGACGGGAUUAAUAACAUGUUGAAGACGAUUGGUGGUCGUUGGGCGAAUGGCAAAGAAGUGGAACGAGUCUGCUGUCUGAUUGAGGAAUGCGGAGGACUUGAUAAGAUCGAGAGUUUACAGACUAACGAAAAUCUCGAUAUUUACAAGAAGGCUUACGACAUUAUUGAAAACUAUUUCUCCGAAGAUAUCGACGAAGAUCAAAAACUCGUUCCGGAGACAACCGUUGAAGAAAUGUUUGAAUUCGGCCCCAAUGACGCUGCCGGACCUCAAGGAGGCUUCAAUUUUUAAUUUGUCAAAAUAACUGUUCUUCUCAUUCUUCAUAUCGUUACUUACUAUUUUUCAUAUUUUAAUGGAUUAACGUUGCUUGCUCUUUUUAAUAGUAAUAUUUAUUACAUACUCAAAAUUCUGGAAAUUUGUUUUUAUGUUCUGGGCAUUCUACAACUCUACUCCAGAGUUGACUCGUUCCAUUUAAGCAUUUUAGUUUAUCCGUAAGUAGCUCUAGUAGUAGUGUAAUGCAAUUUAUAGCGUGUCAGUAUAUUUAAUGUACCAACUUUGAAUUGGGAAACCAGUAGUCUCACUUUUACGAUGUGAAGAGCAGCAGAAUCAACUUUUGCUCUACUUUGAACACCCAUUUCACAUAACUAUUAAACACUAACGUUGUAAUUCAGGAGGUCAUGAUAUGAAUUUAUGAGAUUUUGAUAAAAAUAAAUCACCCCUCUAUAAAUCUGGA